AGUCGCUGGCCAGCAAUGACGACCAGCAGAUCAUCGGCGUCCGCGUCAUUCAGUCGACCGGCUUUCUGGAAGGUGCCCGGUUACGAAUUGCCCACGUCCUACCGCCCGCAGGCGACCCCAAAACCGCCGCUCGUACCGCUGCCAUCGCCCUGCAGGCGGCGCAGCAGCAGCGGACUGAAGAAGCGCGUCCAUUUUGCCGAUGAACAAAACGUGGGGGUGCAAGUGGGCAGCCCAGCGCACGGCGAACUUCUAAGAGGCGAUAUCAUCUCGAAGAUCGGCGAGUACGACGCACGCGACCUGAGUCAUGCGGAUGCACAGCAGCUGUUCCGCGGCGCUGGCAACGAGAUCCGCCUGGUGGUGCACAGGGAUAACAAAAUUGCAUACACGCAGGGUGCAACUCAGGAGGCAGGUCCUGGAUCGCGGAGUAACUCCACUUUGCCGCCGGUCACUCCUGAUCUGUUGCCCCACCGCGGUCCGUCGCCUUUUUUGCCCGGACCCAGCCACUUUGAGAGGGCUCUGCAGUUGCCAGUGGACACCUUGCCGCAGACCGUGUUUCCCCAGCUGAACUCAUCCGGUGGUUAUGAGGUGCCAUCGACUGUGUUCUCGCCCAAGCCGACCAGGGACCAUCAACAGGACGUCGAUGAGGAGCAGGCCGCCAUUGUGAAUCAGCCCUACCGUACAACUCCGCUGGUCCUGCCCGGCGCCAAAGUGAAGAAGGAUGCGCCCACGACAGAGUCCUACUUGAGGCAUUACCCCAACCCGGCUGUGCGCGCCCACCCAGGACACGACUACCAUGACAGUAUCAUGAAGCAGCGCGUGGCCGACACCAUGCUGCACAAGGUGGUCGGUUCGGAAGCCGACACUGGCCGCGUCUUCCACAAGCAAUUCAACUCGCCCAUCGGCCUGUACUCCAACAACAACAUCGAGGACACCAUCAGAUCCACAGUUCCAAUUUUCAUCGAUCUAUCUUUCCUGGAACAAAAACGUGUUAUUCUGGAGCAACAAAAGCAAAAAGACCAACUGGCAGAGCAACAACGUCAACAACGCCAGCAACAACUGCAAAUACUCUAUCAACAAAACAAAUGAUCAAUCAAAUAGUAGCCCAAAAACUGAACCCACUUCUAAUAGACUAUGAGCCAAAUACCCUUUCCCAAGACCCCUGCUGAAAGUCCCCCGAUCCACUACUUUUCGACCCACCACCACCCCACAAGACUAAUCCGAAACUAAAAGACGUUUGCUGAAUUAUAUUUACGAACUGUUUGAAAGACAGCACUGAAAGUUCCUAUUCUUGAUCCCCAUCGCCAUCGCAACCCAGUAUUAACCGAACGAGACUAACUAACCACCCUAAUCCCGCCCGAUCUCAAGGCUUCGACUCAUCCGAUGAUACAUGAUAAUCUCAAUAUAAUCUCGCACCUUGUUAUGCAGUUCUGUUCGAUUACUCUUAAUAAUAAUAAUAAUAUAAUAACUAGAUCGUAAGGAAUUUGUUUAUGAGUUUCCUAUUAAUCGCAAUCCGUUUGAGGAGUGUGCAGUUCCAAGACAACGAAGCACACCUAUUGCCCAACAACAACAGCAACAACCAACAACAACUACAACAAAAACAAAAUAAUUCUAACGUAUUUUGUGCACAUCCUGUUUUCUCUUUCUAUUCUCUCACUACUCUGUCUCACGCUACUCAACCGAUGUAAAAAAAAAUCAAAAACAAAAAAACCAACAUAUUUUUUAUAAAUCUCGAUUAACCAACAACAAUAAAACAAAUUAAAAAAAUAAAUCUUUUGAAAACUUGCGUAACACCAAACAAAAAAUCCAACGAAUUAUUGACCAAAAUAACGGCGCUUUCAACGAUCUCAAUGCAAACCCCCGAAUUACUGAAACUUAAUCUCAAUCGGAACCCGAAUCACUGACCACUGCCAAC